AUGUACCGUUACUUGACCACUCUCUCGUUGGUCAGCUUAGCGCUGGGCCAGCAAGCAGGGACCGAAAGUCCCGAACGACACCCUUCGCUGCCAAUCGAGGUUUGUACAGCACCGGACUCUUGCGUCAAAGAGCAGACUUCGGUCGUCCUUGAUGCCAACUGGCGUUGGACUCACAUCGUCAAUGGCUACACUGACUGCUACUCCGGUAACUCCUGGAAUGCUACAGCCUGUCCGGAUGGCAAGACAUGUGCUGCGAACUGUGCCAUCGAUGGUGCCGACUACGAAGGGACAUAUGGUAUUUCCACACCUUCUCCAGGCGCACUACGCUUGAACUUCGUCACGAAGCACCAGUAUGGUACCAACGUGGGCUCUCGUGUGUAUCUCUUAGCCAGCGACGACAAGUAUAGACUGUUCAACCUCCUGAAUAAGGAGUUCACGCUGGACGUGGACGUGUCCAGGCUUCCUUGUGGAAUCAAUGGCGCAGUCUACUUUAGCGAGAUGGACGAGGACGGUGGGAUGGGCAGGUUCCAGGGCAAUAAAGCUGGGGCAAAGUACGGGACGGGGUACUGUGACUCUCAGUGCCCGCAGGACAUCAAGUUUAUCAACGGUGAGGCGAACGUCGAAGGCUGGGGAGGGACUGACGGAACAUCUGGCACGGGGAAGUAUGGCACAUGCUGCGCUGAGAUGGACAUCUGGGAAGCGAACUCCGAUGCCACAGCUUACACACCACAUCCGUGCAAAGUCUUUGAGCAGACUCGUUGUGAGGGAACCGACUGCGGUGCCGGCAGCGAGAGAUAUGCCGGUCUGUGUGACAAAGAUGGCUGCGACUUUAACAGCUUCCGACUGGGCAACCGCGACUUCUACGGGCCGGCCAAGACUGUCGACACUUCACGGCCGUUCACGAUCGUGACGCAGUUCAUCACAGACGACGGCACCGAUGCAGGCACGCUUAAGAGCAUCCACCGGUUUUAUGUUCAAGACAGCAAGGUCAUCCCCAACUCAGAGGUGGUAAUCGAGGGGGUCGACCCGGUCAACUACAUCUCCGAUAGCUUCUGUGAACAGCAGAAGACAGCGUUUGGGGACAACAACUACUUCAAGACGCUGGGCGGCAUGGCAGCCAUGGGCGAGUCACUCAAGAAGAUGGUGCUUGUAUUGAGCAUCUGGGAUGACCAUGCUGCUCACAUGAACUGGCUCGACAGCACUUGGCCGCUUGAUGCAGAUCCGAACAAGCCUGGUGUUGUGCGUGGUCGCUGCGAUCCCAGUGCGGGGGUCCCAGCCACGGUCGAGAAGGAGCAUCCGGAUGCCUAUGUUAUCUUUUCCAAUAUCAAGGUUGGGGCCAUCAACUCGACCUUUACAGCUGUCUGA